AUGAUGGCUAUCAACUCUCUACGUUUGAGUGUUAAUUUGACUCUACUUGGCUUUGUAUUAGUCAACAUUCUUGGUUAUUCAAGGGCCGCUAACAAUUUACCUGAAGAUGCACCCUUCACUGUACCCAAGCAAAAUGUGGAGUCUAGCUUGAAAUGUAUUGAUGCAUCAAAACCGAUGAACAAACCAGGUGGUGUGAUCUUACUUGUACAUGGUACUUUAUCUGCACCGGAUACCUGGGAUCAUUAUGUAAAAGUUUUACCAAAAAAAUAUAAUGUUUGUACCAUCAAAUUACCAGAUAAUUCAUUAAGUGAUGUUCAAGUUGCAUCAGAAUAUGUGGCAUAUGCAAUCAAAAUUUUGGCUCAACAAUCUGAUACGGAAAAAGUUAAAGUGAUCUGUCAUAGUCAGGGUUGUCUCAAUACUCAAUGGGCUUUAACAUUUUGGCCUUCAUUAAGAAUAAAAGUAGAAAGUUUCAUUGCAUUAGCCGGCGAUUUUGCUGGAACAACAGCAGCAAAGAUCUCAUGUCAAAGUCCAAAAAAAGAUUGUCCAAUCUCCUAUGCACAACAAAGUCCGAAUUCAAACUUUCUUAAAGCUCUUAAUUCAGAUCAAGAUUCAGAUAGUGGUGCAUCAGCUUUAGUUUUAACAUUUUCGAUUUAUUCUGAUUUAGAUGAUGUAGUAGAAUCAAGUUCAAGUCAAUUACCUGGUGCAAAACUUAUUCCAAUUCAAUCUUUUUGUGGAAAGUCUUAUCGGCUAACUCAUCUUCCAAUCGUCAUUGAUUCUUCUACUUAUCAAAUCGUACAAGAUGUACUUGAAUUUAAUUCUUUUUUACCUUCUAGAGUUAAAUUCCCUUGUCAGUUAGAAACUCUUCCACUACCCGAUAUGGAUACACUGUUCAAGAGUCCUUCUUUUUCAAGAAAAUCAAAUCUCGAACCUGGUCUCAAGCCUUAUGUCUGUAGUAGGGGAUAUGCUACUCAGUGCGAUUCCUGA